UUCUAGAAUUUUCUAAACAUUCGUCGUGUGGGCAAAGAAAACUUCCCCAAAUAAAAUCCCCAAACUGAAACCCUACCGUCCGCCAUUGUCACCGGCUGCAAAACCAAGCUGUUGCUCUUCUUCGACGACAAACCAAUUCAUCACAUAACCCUAAAAUCUAUCAAUCUCAACAAGACAAAUCCAACCUUGUAAAUCAUAAAGGCUUCAUUUUGUUGAUCCUUAAGCUAUGGCUGCAAAGAUUCUCGCAAACUUGAUCGUGAUGGGAGGGGGAAUCUUGGCAAGAGCAGUUGUUCAGGCAUACCGUCAAGCACUUACCAAUGCCUCAAAAAAUGGUGUUGCACAAGAAACAAUUCAAAAUACUAUCCGCAAAGCUAGCACAAAGAUAACAGAGCAAGAGGCUAGGCAGAUUCUCGGUGUUACUGAGGAAACUCCCUGGGAGGAUAUUAUCAAGAAAUAUGAAAAAAUGUUUGAGAAUAAUGCCAAAAAUGGGAGCUUUUACCUGCAGUCGAAAGUUUACCGGGCGAAGGAAUGUUUGGAGUCUAUGAAAGAAAGCAACAAAGGUGAUGGAAACCCUAGUUGAGGACUGAGUUUUACUCCAAUUUUGCUCCAUCUUUUAAUAGUCUUGUGUGGUCAUUUUGGCCACCAUGUUGUGUACGAUUUGCGCAAUGAAAACUAAGUUUGUUUUGCUAGAAAAUUGUUUGUAAAUGACUAUUAGUUGAGAAUUCAUUACAAAUAGUGAAAGCUUUAUA